GAAAAUGUGAUGAGUCGCGACUCGUGACUCGUGUGACUCAACUGCACCUUAUCCCUUUACUCUCAAUCGGUGGCGCGUGCACCACACAAAAUGGGUCAGGCUCCGUCUUCUCCGGCGGAAUCGAGUGGACGGGAUACUGCUUUGUGGCUCUGGUCUCCGGAGUUUUUCGAUUGUGAAUCGAUUGGUUUCGAGGAUGUUGUUGCAGGCGGACAUCACGAUUUCACGGGAGAUCUACCAGACGAUUGCCUCGCUCAUGUAUUUCAGUUUCUCGGCGCCGGAGAUCGGAAACGGUGUUCUCUCGUAUGCAAACGGUGGUUAUUAAUCGACGGUCAAAAUCGUCACCGGUUAUCUCUUGACGCCAAGGCGGAGAUUCUCCCCUUUUUGCCUUCCAUGUUUAACCGGUUCGAUUCCGUGAUGAAGCUCGCUCUUCGAUGUGAUCGGAAAUCGUUUAGCCUUAGCGAUGAAGCGUUGGUCAUGGUCUCGAUUCGUUGCCCGAAUCUUACUCGGGUCAAACUUCGUGGCUGUCGCGAGAUCACGGACCUAGGCAUGGAAGAUUUCGCUCGAAACUGUAAGAAGUUGAGGAAGCUCUCGUGUGGCUCUUGCAAUUUCGGUGCGAGAGGCUUGAACGCGAUGCUCGAGCAUUGUAAGCUUCUGGAGGAGUUAUCGGUGAAGCGGAUUAGGGGAAUUCACGAAUCGGCCGAGCCAAUUCAGCUUCGUUCGUCUUCUUCACUCAGGUCGAUUUGCUUGAAGGAGCUCGUUAACGGUCAGGUAUUCGAAUCUUUGGUUGCAACAAGAACUUUGAAAAAGCUGAGAAUCAUUCAUUGUUUGGGUAAUUGGGAUAACGUUCUUCAAAUGAACGGAGAUGGGAAUAGUUCCUUAACUGAAAUUCACUUGGAGAGGCUUCAAGUGAGCGAUUCUGGACUCUCUGCGAUAUCUAAGUGCCGAAAUUUAGAGACUUUGCAUAUUGUGAAAACCCCUGAAUGCUCGGAUUUAGGUCUGAUUAGUGUUGUGGAGAGAUGCAAGCUGCUAAGAAAGCUUCACGUUGAUGGUUGGAGAACUAAGAGAAUCGGUGACGAGGGUCUGAUUGCUGUAGCUAAACACUGCUUGAAUUUGCAAGAACUUGUGCUUAUCGGUGUUAAUGCGACCCACAAGAGCUUGUCCGCUAUUGCUACAAACUGUGGGAAACUCGAGCGGUUAGCUCUUUGUGGGAGUGGCACGAUUGGGGAUGUGGAGAUGGCUUGCAUUGCGGAGAAAUGUGUGGCGUUGAGGAAAUUCUGUAUCAAGGGAUGUGCGAUUUCGGAUGUCGGGAUCAAGGCUCUUGCUUUAGGUUGUCCUAAUCUGGUGAAACUGAAGGUGAAGAAGUGUAGAGUGGUUACAGGUGAUGUCAGGGAAUGGCUGCGUGAACGAAGGAGGACACUGGUGGUGAGUAUGGAUGGUGAUGAAACAAAAGGUCCGGUCUUGGUCAAUGAGGAUGAUCAGAGAGGUCUUGAGAUGGUGGUAGAGGAGCCUCCGGUGGCUGAUGGUGGUGGGGAUGCGGAGGUUGCAGGUGGUGCUGGUAAGUUAGCUAUGUUUAAGACAAAGUUAGGUUUACUUGUAAGUAAGAGCUUUGUGGCUUCAACAUUCAGGAGAUGGUCUCAAAGUGAAGCUACUAGUUCUAGUUCUAGUUGAUUACAUGUUUUUAUGAAGGGUUUUGCAUAUCAACCAAAAAAAAACCGCUUCUGUAUUGUUCUUGUUUCUUUGUUAGUUACAAUUCGUUUCCAAAUAUUCAUGCCUUAAAGGUUAUUAUUGCAGCUCUCAUAGUAAGCUCAUGUCUAGAGUCUUCAUGGAACCUUGUAAUUUGAUAACCCUGAAAUGCCGUCAAGCUUCCGUGUGGA